CCAGCAUAUGUGGCUGUGUAUGUGUCUGCAAUACUUGUUGUUAUAAUAACUGUUUGUGGCAAUCUGCUUGUCAUUACAUCGAUGUGUCACUUCAAACAAAUGCACACACCAACUAAUGUGCUUCUCCUCUCUUUAGCUGUGUCAGAUAUUUUUGUAGGAAUAUUUCUGAUGCCACUGCAAUUCAUCUGGCUGAUAGAGUCAUGCUGGCUUUUUGGGACAACCAUUUGUGCUUUUGUCAAUUUCAUGUCAUUCUAUUUGGUAUGUGCGUCUGUUCAUAAUGUGGCUCUCAUUGCAGUGGACCGAUACCUGGCUCUGAGCAAUCCCUUUUUCUAUUCAACGAAAAUCACCGUGAACCUCAUUAUCUUUGUAGUAUCUCUGAACUGGAUGUUUUCUCUGGGGUACAACGUUGCUCUUCUGUACUGCAAUGGUUUCUUCACUCAUGCUCUAACACUGUGCCCAAGCGAGUGCCCCAUUAUUGUGAAUAAGAUAUGGUCCUUUGUGGAUCUUGUGGUUGUGUUUGUAUUGCCAUGCUUCAUUAUGUUAGUACUGUACCUCAAAGUCUUUGCCAUUGCCAAGAGACAUGUCAAUGCCAUCACCAGGGUGGCUAAUAGCAAUCCAGAUUCCAAGAGUGAUGUGCCCAAACGAUCUGAGAGAAAAGCUGCAAAAGUGCUUGGUAUACUGGUGUCUGUCUUUUUGUUAUGCUUGGUGCCCUAUUAUAUAUGCAGCUUUAUGGUUGAGAGUAUCCAAAGACAGAUUUUUAAUGAUUUGUUAAAAUAUAUGACAACACUAUUUUACUUUAAUUCUUUAUUCAAUCCAAUUAUUUAUGCUUUGUUCUACCCGUGGUUUCAAAAGAGCAUGAUAAUAAUUGUAAGGUGUCGUAUAUGUAGCCCCGAGUCUUCUCUCAUGCAGGUGAAGUGA